AUAUGACACUGGCAGGCUAAAGCACUCUGAUGGGGAAGGGCUUAAAGGCUGAGUCAAAAGCCAAGAAGUCUCUUUAUUUACGCCUACCUCCCAGCCCUUGGCAAUCUGACUAAUAACAAACUGAGCUAACAAGAAAGACUAGAAAAGGAGGAAGGAGAACAUUGCUGCAGCUUGGAUCUACAACCUAAGAAAUCAAGAGUGAUCAAUUGCAGCUCUGUUAAACAUCUUGUUUAUUUACUGCAUUCAGCAGCUUGCAAAUGGUUAACUAUAUGCAAAAAAGUCAGCAUAGCUGCGAAGUAUGCCGUGAAUUUUAAUUGGGGAAAAAAAGGACAAUUGCUUCAGGAUGCUCUAGUCUGCACUCUCUUUGAAAUAUUUUCAAUGAAAUGCUCAGCAUUCUGUCUUUGACCAGAGGUUUUAACUUUAUGAAGCUACGAGACUUGCCAAAAAGUGAUAUUUGAGAAGAAAGUGCGUGGUGGUUGGUGUUUUCUUUUUAAAUAAAGGAACUGAAUUACUUUGAACACCUCUUCCAGCUGUGCAUUACAGAUAACGUCAGGAAGAGUCUCUGCUUUACAGAAUCAGAUUUCAUCACAUGACAACAUGAAGCUGUGGAUUCAUCUAUUAUAUGCAUCUCUCCUUGCCUGCAUAUCUUUACAGUCCCAAACGCCAAUGUCCUCAGCCAAAGGGUCUUGUGAUUCCCUUUGCAAUUGUGAGGAAAAAGAUGGCACAAUGCUAAUAAAUUGUGAAGAAAAAGGUAUCAAGAAGUUAUCCCAAAUAAUUGUGCCACCAUCACGACCUUUCCACCUAAGCUUAUUAAAUAAUGGCUUGACAAUGCUUCACACAAAUGACUUUUCUGGGCUUACUAAUGCUAUCUCAAUACACCUUGGAUUUAACAAUAUUGCAGAUAUUGAGACAGGUGCAUUUAAUGGCCUUGGCCUCCUUAAACAACUUCAUAUCAAUCACAACUCCUUAGAAAUUCUUAAAGAGGAUACCUUUCAUGGACUGGAAAACCUGGAAUUCCUACAAGCAGAUAACAAUUUUAUUACAGUGAUUGAACCAAGUGCCUUUAGCAAGCUCAGCAGACUUAAAGUGUUAAUAUUAAACGACAAUGCCAUUGAGAGUUUUCCUCCAAACAUAUUCCGGUUUGUUCCUUUAACCCAUCUAGAUCUUCGUGGAAACCAGUUGCAAACAUUGCCUUAUGUCGGUUUUUUAGAACACAUUGGCCGAAUAUUGGAUCUCCAGUUGGAGGACAAUAAGUGGGCCUGUAAUUGUGACUUAUUGCAGCUAAAAAUUUGGUUGGAAAACAUGCCUCCACAGGCCAUAAUUGGUGAUGUUGUGUGCAAUAGCCCUCCAUUUUUCAAAGGAAGCAUAUUAAGUAGGAUAAAAAAGGAAUCUAUUUGCCCCAUUCCACCAGUUUAUGAAGAACAUGAGGAUCCUUCAGGAUCAUUACACCUGGCAGCAACAUCUUCAAUAAGUGAUAGUCGCAUAUCAGCCAAGACCACAUCCAUUUUAAAACUGCCCACCAAAGCUCCAGGUUUGAUACCUUAUAUUACAAAGCCGCCCACUCAACUUCCAGGACCCUACUGUCCCAUUCCUUGUAACUGCAAACUCUUAUCCCCAUCAGGACUUCUAAUCCACUGUCAAGAACGCAACAUUGAAAGUGUAUCAGAUCUGAAACCUCCUCCACAGAAUCCUAGAAAGCUUAUUCUAGCAGGGAAUAUUAUUCAUACUUUAAUGAAGUCUGAUCUAGUUGAAUAUUUCACUUUGGAAAUGCUCCACUUGGGAAAUAAUCGUAUUGAAGUUAUUGAAGAAGGAUCAUUUAUGAAUCUAACAAGAUUACAAAAGCUCUAUCUAAAUGGUAACCAUCUGACCAAAUUAAGUAGAGGCAUGUUCCUUGGUCUCCACAAUCUUGAGUACCUAUAUCUUGAAUACAAUGCAGUUAAGGAAAUACUGCCAGGAACAUUUAACCCAAUGCCUAAACUUAAAGUCCUCUAUUUAAAUAACAACAUGCUACAAGUUUUACCACCACAUAUUUUUUCAGGAGUUCCCCUAACUAGGAUAAAUCUUAAAGCAAAUCAGUUUACCCAUCUGCCUGUAAGUAAUAUCUUGGAUGAUCUUGAUUUACUGACCCAGAUUGACCUUGAGGAUAACCCGUGGGACUGCUCCUGUGACCUGGUUGGAUUGCAGCAAUGGAUACAAAAAUUAGGCAAGAACACAGUGACAGAUGACAUCCUUUGCACUUCCCCAGGGCAUCUCGACAAAAAGGAAUUAAAAGCCCUGAAUAGUGAACUUCUCUGCCCAGGUUUAGUAAAUAACCCAUCCCUGCCAACUCAGACAGGUUUCAUUAUUGUCACUACUCCUACAACAACAACAAACACAGCGGAUACUAUUUUAAGAUCUCUUACUGAUGCUGUACCACUAUCUGUUCUGAUAUUAGGACUUCUGAUUGUGUUUAUAACUAUUGUGUUCUGUGCUGCAGGGAUAGUGGUUCUUGUUCUCCACCGCAGGAGAAGGUACAAAAAGAAACAAGUAAAUGAGCAAAUGAGAGACAACAGUCCUGUGCAUCUUCAGUACAGCAUGUAUGGCCACAAAACAACGCAUCACACUACUGAAAGACCCUCUGCCUCACUGUACGAGCAGCACAUGGUGAGCCCCAUGGUUCAUGUCUAUAGAAGUCCAUCCUUUGGUCCAAAGCAUUUGGAAGAGGAAGAAGAGAGGAAUGAGAAGGAAGGAAGUGAUGGAAAACAUCUCCAAAGAAGUCUUUUGGAACGGGAAAACCACUCACCUCUUACAGGGUCAAAUAUGAAAUACAAAACCACAAACCAAUCAACAGAAUUUUUAUCCUUCCAGGAUGCCAGUUCAUUGUAUAGGAACAUUUUAGAAAAAGAAAGAGAACUUCAGCAACUGGGAAUCACAGAAUACCUAAGGAAAAACAUUGCUCAGCUCCAGCCUGACAUGGAGGUACAUUAUCCUGGAGCCCACGAAGAGUUGAAAUUAAUGGAAACAUUAAUGUAUGCACGGCCAAGGAAGGUCUUAGUGGAGCAGACUAAAAAUGAAUAUUUUGAGCUCAAAGCUAAUUUACAUGCUGAACCAGACUAUUUGGAAGUCCUGGAGCAACAGACAUAGACGGAAAGUUUGAGGGCUUUCGCAGAAAUGCUGUGAUUCUGUCUUAAGUCCAAACCUUGUAAAUAAGUGCCUUACAUGAGUGUCAUCAAUCAGAACUUAAGCACAGCAGUAAUCCUAUGGGAAAAAAAGAAGAAAAAGAAACUCAGGGAUCACUGGGAGAAGCCAUGGCAUUAUGUUCAGGCAAUUUAGUUUGUCCCAAAUAAAAUAAAUCCUUGCAUGUAAAUCAUUCAAGGAUUAUAGUAAUAUUUCUCCAUAUACUGAAAAGUGUUUCACAGAAGUCCUCUUGCACAUUUAAAAAGGUAGAACAUUUAAGCAUCCCGAAUUUUCUUGAAUUAUUUUCCCCAUAGAGUAAAAAAAAUUGGAUUUCAUCAUUUAAAAAAUAUACCUGUAUCUGUAGUUAUAAUAUGUAAGGAAUACAUUGUUUAUAACCAGUAUGUACUUCAAAAAUGUGCAUUGUUAAACAUAUCUAAUUUUCUUGCAAUAAAUGCAAAAGGAACUGGAACUUGAAAAUUAUAAAUAGUAGUAGUAAAGAAAACAAUGGAAAAGUUGUAAUUAUAUAGACCAUGGGUGGCCCAAAAGUUUGAACAUUUGAAGAUUAAACAAAUGCCACUCUUAUGCUUUCUGAAUUUAAAAAAUAAAAUUGAGUGAUUGUUCAGGUGGAAUAAUAAGCAAUCGUUUUGGUUUUUCUGCACAUUUUGUGUAGACAAUCUUAAUGUCAAUGCUGCUGUGAACUAAGGUAUGUCAUUUGUGCUCAAAGUUUAAUUAUUCUUCUUGGUAUAUUUUUAAAAUGCUACUGAGAGUCAACUGUACAUAUGAUUAGAGGAUCUAUUAAGUUUGCUUUCUUUCAUAGCAUUAAUCCUUUGUAAAUUUGGAUGACCAUGAUAGAAAUAAGUUUCUUGUGGCAAGUAAUUCACAGGUGUAAAACAAAUAGAAAAAUUUAUUUUAUUUUUAUUGAUGUAUACGGAUAGAUGCCAUAAAUUAGUAGCAAAAGGCACUUCUAAAGGUAAGUGGUUUAAGUUGCCUCAAAAGAGGGAUGAUGUAGCUUUAUUUUGUAAGAAGGUAUAGCUAGAUUUCUAUGAAGUAUUUAUUCUGUACAGUUUUGUAUAUUUUUGGUUCACAAAAGUAAUUAUUCUUGGGUGCCUUUCAAGAAAAUUAAAAAUACUACUCACAAUAAAACUAAAAUGAAAAGUC